AAAAUUAAAUAGAAAAUUGAUAAUUUUAAGAAAGGAAUACCAGCAGCAUCAAGUUGAUGUUAUGGCUCAGUUUAUACCUAAUCAAGCGUUUUCUGAAAGCCAAUUUGUAUUUAGCAGACUUUGUGCUGAGUUUGAGAAAACAUCUGGUCUAUUGUCACAAAACAUCAAAAACUUGAUUGAAGUCUAUGUGGUAUUGUAUGCAACUAAAAAUUUUGCACAAGUGUUUUCCAAUACAAUUAGUAAAACGGUGUGCCCCAUUUUUGUAUUUGUAGGAAAAUGCUAAUCAAUACCUACACAAGCAUGAAAAUGAUAUGAAAGAGCAAAUAUCUCUUAUCUUGGAAACAUCAGAACAACUGUUUAGCCAUGAAAUGGGAGAGGACAUUUUAAAGAGAAUUGAGAGAGAAUUAAUACACUUGAAUGAGCUUUUCAAAUGCACUAUUUCAAUCAACACAAACACAACUGUGUUUCCUCAACUAAGUGGUCAAAGACAUUUGGGGAAAGGAAGUCAGCACACUUGUCCUCCUGAGCUACUGGUUUCUAUAAAAAAACUUUUAUCUGCAGCUGAAAACUUUUAUAGUGAAUGCAAUCAGGUAAUUACAAAUUGGUUCAAGGAAAAUGAUUUUUAA